CCCAGGCUCCGGCUCUUGGCACUUCUCGCUCCGAGCCGGGCUGGUCGGCAAAAGGGGUGGCGGAGCAGGAGCGCCCAGAGGCAGCUGUGCGCGCCGCCAGAACGCUGCCCGCCCCAGCGCUCCCAGGGAGGUUUCUUGGCUACUCCUGAGGAGAUGGGCAGACCGUGCCUCGUCCUCCUGCUCCCGUUGGUGGUCGGGCUGGACUUCGGUUACCAUCACACGAAAGAGAUGGAAGCUUUCCUGAAAGAGGUGCACAAGAACUACCCGUCCACCACUCACCUGUACAGCAUUGGCAAGUCGGUGGAAGGUAGAGACCUGUGGGUUCUUGCUCUGGGAAGGUUUCCAACCCAACAUAAGAUUGGCAUACCAGAGUUCAAGUAUGUUGCUAAUAUGCAUGGGGAUGAGUCAGUUGGGCGAGAGUUGAUGCUCCAUUUGAUAGAAUUUUUGGUGACCAACGAUCAACACGAUCCAGUGAUUACCAGGCUUAUCGACAACACCCGAAUACACAUUCUGCCCUCCAUGAACCCUGAUGGAUUCGAAGCAACCACACAGUUUGAUUGUUUCCCACCAUAUGGCAGGUACAAUGCGAAUAUGCAAGAUCUGAACAGGAACUUCCCUGAUGUCUUCGACAGUAAUAAUGCCACAGUUCAGCCAGAGACUCAAGCAGUGAUGGACUGGAUAAAAAAUGAGAUGUUUGUCCUUUCUGCCAAUCUACAUGGAGGAUCACUGGUUGCAAGCUACCCUUUUGAUAAUGGCAAUUCAGUUACCAUUACUUCAGAUGAUAUUAGCAGAACUCUGGAUAACGACAUCUUUAUGCAUCUUGCAAGGACGUACGCUAGCAAUCAUGCCAUCAUGUAUGAAGGAACUCCGUGUCACAAUGGAGAUGACUUUCCAGAGGGCAUCACAAAUGGGUAUGCUUGGUACAGGCUGAAAGGUGGGAUGCAGGAUUAUAACUACAUCUGGGGACAGUGCUUUGAAAUUACACUAGAACUAUCAUGUUGUCAAUAUCCACCAAAAGAAGAGCUUCCAUCCUUCUGGAAUGACAAUAAAAUUGCUCUGAUCGAAUACAUUAAACAAGUUCAUCUUGGUGUGAAAGGUCGUGUUUUGGAUGCACAUGGAAAACCUAUUCCAGAUGUGAUUGUGGAAGCUACAGGAAGGCGGCACGUAUGUCCUUAUAAAACCCACAGAAAUGGAGAAUAUUAUCUUCUGCUGCUGCCUGGCUCCUAUACACUUAAUGCAACAAUACCUGGAUUUUUGUCACUGCUACAUGAUGUGUAUAUACCUAAUGGGACAGCAAACUUCAGUGCCCUGCAGCAUGACUUCAUUUUUCCCAGUAAAAAACCUGCCAGAAUAGAGCCUGCUUCAUGUCCUACAAAGCCACUUUAUUCUAUGGAUUACCAUAAAAGCACAUCAGCCACACUGAAACCUCCAGUAAACACCUUGAUUUUCAUCUACAUUUUAUAUGAAGUUUUCAGUUAAAUUCUUUGUGUAUAUUUUUUGAAAGUAAUUGAAAAACUGUUUCUGAACAUGUAAGACUUAAAAUUGGGCUACACAAUCUGACAAUAAAUAGUGGACAUUUCAAUAUAAUAUUACAUACUCUGGGGGGAUGUGAGUGCAUUGUAGUUGUAGACUUCUAUUUUUUUCCUAAUUAUGUUUAUUUCUGAGGUUUUUCACUAUGAACUAGGUGGCCUUCAUAUAAAUCUUUCAAAAUAAGAUUACAGCUACCAGUAGAACCUGGACUAAGCAACACUUUUAGUUUCUCCAUCCAUUAUAGCAUUCUAGCCUAGAUUACAAUAACAAUAAGACUAACACUAGUUUUUACUGGUCAAAGUGAAACAACAGGACAAGUUAAUGGAA